AUGCCGCUAGAGACGAUUAACCUGUCUAGCAGGGGCGCGCAGGAGGAGAAGUUUACCCCAACCCCCGAGGAGCUGCGCACUAUUCAGGAGAAAAUGAAGGAUCCCAAGUUUGUGGAGCUUUUCCAGGAUUACGUAAAGUCCAUGGAAGACCCCGAGACGCGCCGCGAAGAGGAGGCCUAUUUGCAGCAGGUGGAACGCGAGGCAAAGGCGGGCGGCGACCACAGCUUUGACUUCGUCUUCCCCACACCGGGGUUUGUGGUGGAGCUGCUGGAACCCGCAACGUCAUACCGAGUGACACACUCCUCCCUCAAAGUGGGGGACAAGAAGAAUAAACGAGCCUCCAGGGUUUAUGUGAAUAUGUGCAGUAGCUCGAAAAUUGACCCCUUUUCUGAGCAGUCAACGGGGGAUAAUGAAAAGAGCAAUUGGCUCGUGCCUGUUUCUGUGUCAAGGCCGAGAACCGAGUUUUUCUCCGAGGACGUUACGACGUCAGCAAAGUCAGGAGAGAAACAACCUAAGGAGGAUGAGGAUGUGGUGAGCCCUGUCGUCGUCUAUGAUGCCGUAUUUCAUCCUGAUACACUACAGUUAGCGGAUCGUAGCGAUCGCUUCUGUUGUUUUCUUGUGAACAUUGCCGUAGAACACAUUAACAGCGGCUAUGGUGAUAGCCAUGGGUUUGAGUUUCGUCGUUUGUCGAGCCGCAUCCGAGCCGUGGGAACCCCACAGAAUCAGACGAUUAGCCGAGAAAAGGGUAAGUCGCCAUUUGCAGCUGCAAUGAAUGAGCCGGUGUUGACGCAACCGACAAAAAUACUACCCCCCUCGCCUGCCACGGAUGGGAACAGGAAGCCCGCGCCUGGUAAAAAGGAUAGAGAAACUGGUGGAAUGCAGUCCGCGACAAAAGCGGCUGGAACCUCUAUGGUAGGAGCAGGAAGAGUAUCUAGUGAUAAAAUAGUGAAGAAGGAGCAUCUUCCUCACUGCACCGUUGCUCACCGGGGGCAUAUUGACCUCUCCGAGACCUGGGGAUGGAAAAUUGUGGACCGGCGCAUCGGUGUUCCUGAGACUCUCGUCGUCAAAAUGGAGUUUACAGGCGUGCGGUCCGCGUCAGAGCUUAACAUUGAGGUGGAAAGCGCAUACGUCACCAUUGCAAAAGCUUCCACACAUCCUUAUUAUGGGACGCUGACACUUCCCUUCUCGGUCGAGUCGACGCCGUUGGAGGCAAAGUUCGAGAGAAAAAAGGCGUUGCUCACGUUAGUGCUGCGCGUCGUGCCCCCAGCGCCAACAGGACUCACAGCGGAGGAUAUGCGGCAGGAAUUGGGUGCCGCAAGAGAACCAUCCGUUUCAGAGGUGAAGGACACAAAGGAGAUGACCGGUGAACAUGCUGUUGCCUCCGUUCCGGGCCCUGCUACCGCGGGUUUUGCCGACAACAAUGAGACGUCCACAGAACGUGCUGUUUCGCCGGAAUUGGCUUGCCCCCCGGCGGCGGAGUCAUCAGAGGAGACGCUGUUUGUUCCGCAGGUUUCCUCCAUCGGGGAUCAAGAUCGGGUACGACUCAUGAUGGAGAAGGUACAGGCAGCUAGACGUGAGCGGGAAAGAGCCGCCACGAAAUCCGAUCAGCUAGAGGUAUGCGUUGACAAAACAGAGGACACUCUGCAGGAGAAGGAACAUGAGAAAAUCCCCGAUGAAAGGGUCUUCGAAGACGCUAAGCAGGAAACCCAACGAGAGGCAGACACGGAGUCUGUUGCAUCGGCGGAACCACCUCUGGUUCCACUACCCGCGCCCACAGUGCCGUUGAUGGCGACAGAUGUUGAUGCUCCGGUGGGUGUUGAAGAUGGCACGAACUUCGCGAAGAACGCCGCGGACCUUGAGUUGCUGCAGCAAAGGCAGGAAUCAUGGAAAAACGACAUGCACCGACGCAUUGAGGCCAGGGAAGAUGAGGAGCGAGAGAAGGCAUUUAUGGCUGAUCGUGAAGCACGCCGUGAGGCGGAGCGUUUGAGGAAGCGGGCCGAAGCUGCUAGGCGACAGGAAGAGUUGGCAGUGAAGCUUGGGGAGCGUAUGACUGAGCUCCCGCUUCGUAAUAGACACAUCUUCACAGUAGAUUAA